AUGGCUCAUUCUUCUAAUUCUCCUUGGCCUUUCUCAGCCUUGUCAUUGAUUCUGCUGCUUCUGCUUACACAUUUCAAUGGUGGUGACUCCACUCUAAUCAAAUCAAAGGCAACUAAUGCACAUCUUACAACAGAGACUGGUUGGUAUAAGCAGGACUUUUGGAAGUACCUUGGUGCAAAUGUAACUCUAGUUUCAGAGAGAAUAUACAGAGAUGGAUUGGCAUGUGGUAGUUGCUUACAGGUGAAAUGCAUUGAUCAGACUCAUUGCACAAACAACAGUGUCAUUUUGGUGGUGGUGGGUUCUGGUUAUGGAGGAGAAAAUGAUUUUCUGAUAAAUUGGGAAGCUUACACACAAUUUUUUCCAAAGGGCACAAAUUUCCAAUUCCCAGGGGGUAUUGACAUUGUUUAUAAAAGGGUGGCUUGCCAGUAUCAUCAUCACAUAAGCAUUUGGGUGGAACAUAGCAGCCCUUCUUUCAUGCAGCUUGUGUUUUGGUAUGUAGGAGGCAGUAGAGAUAUAGUUGCAGUUCAACUUAGAGAGGAGAGGGAGUUGAAUUGGAGAGAUAUGAAACUUAGAAAUGGGUCUCCUGUGUGGUGGAUAAACUUUUGGGAUGAAUAUGGGCGUUCACUAAAGGAAAAUGUUGUUGUUCGUUUUAAUAUGAGUGACAGUUCCAGAUGUGGAUGGACUUAUGCUUCAACUGUCAUACCAUUUUCUGAUGCACAUGCUUGGGGUGUUGGAGUUAAAUAUGAUUCUGGAUUUCAGCUUAAUUAG